AUGGUGGAGCUCGGAGCCUGGCUGCGCUGCGGCCGCCCCCUGCUCUUCCUCACCUGCAUCUUCGCGCCCUUUCUCGGCCAGCCCGGAGCCGGCCCCGCCGCCCGCGCCCCUUACGCGGGUAUAUCUGAACCUUCUUUUAUUGCUAAAAGUGAAGAUCGUUUGUUUAAACAUUUAUUUGAAGACUAUCAAAGAUGGGUUCGUCCAGUGGAACGCUUGAAUGACACAAUAAAAAUAAAGUUUGGCCUUGCAAUCUCUCAGCUAGUAGAUGUGGAUGAGAAAAAUCAAUUGAUGACAACAAAUGUCUGGUUGAAACAGGAAUGGAUAGAUGUAAAAUUAAGGUGGAAUCCUGAAGACUAUGCUGGAAUAACAUCUAUUCGUGUCCCAUCAGAUUCUAUUUGGAUUCCAGAUAUCGUAUUGUAUGACAAUGCAGAUGGACGUUUUGAGGGAACAUCUACAAAAACUGUAGUAAAAUAUGAUGGCACCAUUGCCUGGACUCCACCAGCAAACUACAAAAGUUCUUGUACUAUUGAUGUAACCUUCUUCCCCUUUGACCUCCAAAAUUGCUCUAUGAAAUUUGGUUCCUGGACUUAUGAUGGCUCACAGGUUGAUAUAAUUCUUGAAGAUUAUGAUGUUGACAAAAGAGACUUUUUUGAUAAUGGAGAAUGGGAAAUAGUGACUGCAACAGGGAGCAAAGGAAAUAGGACUGAUGGAUGCUGCUGGUAUCCUUUUGUUACAUAUUCAUUUAUAAUUAGACGUUUGCCACUUUUUUACACGUUGUUUCUCAUUAUUCCUUGUAUUGGGCUUUCGUUUCUAACUGUCCUUGUCUUCUAUCUUCCUUCAAAUGAAGGUGAAAAAAUUUCACUUUGCACUUCAGUACUGGUAUCUUUGACUGUUUUUCUUCUUGUUAUUGAAGAGAUUAUUCCAUCAUCUUCUAAAGUUAUCCCACUUAUAGGAGAGUACUUGGUGUUUACUAUGAUAUUUGUGACAUUGUCCAUUGUGAUAACUGUCUUUGCUAUCAAUAUUCAUCAUCGCUCUUCGUCUACACACAAUGCUAUGGCACCUUGGGUUCGCAAGAUAUUUCUUCACAAACUUCCCAAGCUGCUUUGCAUGAGAAGUCAUGUAGAUAGAUACUUUGCUCAGAAGGAGGAGACAGGAAAUAUGAAUGGAUCAGAAUCAUCUAGGAACACCUUGGAAGCAGCUCUAGAUUCUAUCCGAUAUAUUACAAGACAUGUUAUGAAGGAGAACGAAGUCCGUGAGGUUGUUGAAGACUGGAAAUUUAUUGCUCAGGUGCUUGAUCGAAUGUUCUUAUGGACUUUUCUUCUGGUUUCAAUAAUUGGAUCACUUGUGUUAUUUAUUCCUGUUAUUCAUAAAUGGGCAAGUAUAAUAGUACCUACGCAUAUAGGCAGCACAAAUGCAUAAAAUAUUUUUGGAUCUGUCUCCUGCUAAUAUGGCUCUAAAGAGUUUUGCAGUAGCUCUGUUUCCAUGCACAUUCUUUGUAGGCAUGUUUCUGAUAGAGUAAAAAAAAAAUCCAAAACCAGAAAAUUACGUUUAUAUUAACGCAUGGCAUCCCUAGGACGCAUAGAAGUCAAUUUGCUUAUUGCCAGUCUACUAAGUUACUUCUAAAUCAGGUCAGAAUUAAAAGGACCUUCUCAAGCAAUUGCAUGUAUGAUAUGUCAAAAAAAGCAUACACUGACACCUGCUGCGAAAUAGAAGGAUUUAAAAUUUUUUAAUGAUGAUCACUGUAGUCCAAUUAUUAAAUUACUAUAUAAAUUGUUAAAUUGAGUAUUAAAUAUUUGCAGAUAUUUACACAGUAGAGUUGCUUAUUUCAAUUUACUGUAGUAUGCAAAGAAGAAUUUUUAUCAGCUCUCUUGAAUGUGUUGUAAAAGUAUAAAGUUUCUACAGAGUAAAUUUAAAAUAAAAAUACCAGUUAAACUUCUUGUAUAUUCAACAUAUAAGUAAAAAUAGGCUAUGUUUUGCCUUUAUAAAUUUUCAGUGGAAUUUGCUGCUAAAUUUAAACCUUGUUAAUUCUAUCUUACUAACAUGAACAUUUAAUACAGUAAGCCUUAAAAUGCCUACAGGAUACAUGUAUAUCGAUAUCUCUGUAUCAGCUAUGGAAAGGAAGGCAAAGACAAUUAAAUGAGUUCCCAAAUUGCACAAGUAUUCUAAUGGACUGGAACAUUCAGAUUUCUUUAUUCUUGAUGAAGAAUUUGAUACAGUAUGUUAGUUGCAAACAUGUUAAUAAUUUCCUGCCUUUGUGUGUUUCUCAGAACUCAGUUUUUAAGCACAGGUAGAAGGAAUUUGGGGAAUGCCUUUCUGAAGGAAAUGGGUUGAAAAUUAUUAUGCUGUGUAACCAAAUACAGAUGAUUAAGUUUUCAUACAUCUGUUAAACCAAACUUAAAAAGCUACCUUUAAUAGGUUCUCUCACUUAUAGAACCAUAUGUAACUCUAAGCAGCGAGGACUUACAGCUUUCCAUACUUUCUUUUUUCUGAGAGUGUUGAAAACUAACUUGCAACUUUUUAAUUAUUCCAUUAAAAUAUAUUCU